AUGCUGAGAAAUUGUAAUGAUUCUAAUAUAUUUUUGAAGUGUACAAGAGCUGCUUGUGGACACACGUCACGCAGUUCUCAAAAGUUUAAAAGGAGCUACCGCAUAGAUAACAGGCAUAAUGAAGUGUUACCUCUGCUCAUUCGUGGUACUCAAAGUUCUGGUCAGUUUAAUCCCCAUUACCAGGAAUUAGCAGCUCUUCUCAAAUCCUGUGCUGCUCUCUUAGCAAUAAAUUCCGGAAAAGCACUUCAUGGUUAUGUUGUCAAGCAUGGCGAUCUUUCAUGCCUCUCUGUCUCUAAAGCACUGCUCAAUGUGUAUGCCAAAUGUGGUGCAUCGGAUGAUUGCAAGACACUCUUUGGUCAAAUGUGUUACCAAGAUCCUGUCAUUUGGAACAUUGUCUUAUCUGGAUUUUCUGCAUCUCGGAAGUACAAUGGUGAGGUAAUGAAGGUGUUUCAUGAAAUGCAUGUUGUUGGGAAGGCUAAGCCUACUUCUGUUACCAUUGCAAUUGUUCUUCCUGUGUGUGCUCGAAUUGGGGAUUUAGAUAUGGGAAAGAGUGUGCACGCUUAUGUGAUGAAGUCUGGACUAGAAACAGAUCUUCUUGUGGGAAAUGCUCUUAUAUCUAUGUAUGCAAAAUCUGGGCUAGUUUCUUAUGAUGCAUAUAAUGUGUUCAAGAACAUUGCUGACAAAGAUGCCAUUUCGUGGAAUGCAAUAAUUGCAGGGUGUUCUGAGAAUAGAUUGAUAAAGAAGGCAUAUGAAUUGUUCAGAUGGAUGCUCAAAGGACCAGUGGACCUAAAUUAUGUAACUAUUGCAACUAUUCUUCCCAUUUGUGCUUCUUUGGAUAACAGCGUCUACUGGUCCGGGAGAGAGAUUCAUUGUUAUGUUCUGCGCCGGAGUGAACUAGCAGCAGAUGUCUCCGUCUGCAAUGCUUUAGUAAGUUUUUAUUUACUUGUUGGACAAAUAGAAAAAGCAGAAUCAUUGUUCCAAAGGAUGAAAUCAAGAGAUUUGGUUUCAUGGAAUGCAAUUAUUGCAGGAUAUGCAUCAAAUGGUGAGUGGUUGAAAGCAUUGGACUUGUUUCACAAAUUACUAUCCUUACAGACGAUGGGGCCAGACUCUGUAACUAUUCUCAGUAUUCUUCCUUCUUGUGCACAUUUGAAGCUCUUGCAUGUGGGAAGAAAGAUCCAUGGGUAUGUUCUUCGACAUCCUAUGCUAUAUGAGUCUACAGCAGUUGGUAAUGCCAUUGUUAGUCUCUAUGUGAAAUGUGAUAAAAUUGAAGAUGCUUUAGAGACAUUUUUGAUGAUGUCUAGGAGGGAUUUGAUAUCGUGGAAUACCAUGCUAGUUGCCUUUUCAGGUAUUUGCUAUUCUACCAAGUUUCUUAACUUAUUAAACGAGCUGCUAAGGGAAGGAAUGAUACCGGACCAUAUAACCAUCUUGACCAUAAUUCAGUUUUGUUCUGGAGUAUGUAGAGUAGAAAAGGUUAAAGAAACACAUAGCUAUGCAAUUAAGGCUGGGUUUUUGUUGGAUGAUAUUGGAAAUGCGAUACUUGAUGCAUAUGCCAAGUGUGGUAACAUGGACUAUGCAUUCAAGAUCUUUCAGAGUUUAUCACAGAAAAAAAAUUUAGCGACAAGCAAUUCAAUGAUAUCAGCUUAUGUGAAUUGUGGGUCUCAUGAUGAUGCGCAAAUGAUACUUAACAGCAUGUCUGAAACUGAUCUCAUCUCUUGGAAUCUAAUGGUCCAAGCUUAUGCUGAAAAUGGUUGUCCUGCUGAAGCUAUUAAUCUGUUUAAUGAGUUACAAGCUCAAGGAAUGAAGCCAGAUGCAAUGACCAUUAUGAGCCUCCUUCCUGUAUCUGCUCAAAUAUCUUCAGUCCACUUGCUGAGGCAGUGUCAUGGAUAUGUGGUGAGAGCUUUUCUUCCUGAUGUUUACUUGACAGGAGCUCUGUUAGAUAUGUAUGCGAAAUGUGGUGCCAUAUUAUAUGCUUAUAAGCUGUUCCAGUCCAGCCUGCAUAAGGAUCUGGUUAUGUUUACAGCCAUGAUUGGUGGGUUUGCCAUGCAUGGUAUGGGUGAGGAAGCACUCCGGAUUUUCUCUCAUAUGCUUGAGUUGGGUAUAAAGCCUGAUAAUGUUAUCAUUACUGCUGUAUUAUCUGCUUGCAGUCAUGCUGGCCUUGUGAACGAAGGGCUGAAGAUCUUUCAUACAAUAGAAGAGGUUUAUGGGGUCAAACCUACCAUGGAACAGUAUGCUUGUGUGGUGGAUCUCCUUGGCAGAGGUGGGCGCAUUGAUGAUGCAUUUUCUUUUGUGUCCAAGAUGCCUAUUGAAGCUAAUGCUAACAUAUGGGGGACAUUACUGGGUGCUUGUAGAACUCAUCAUAUGGUGGACUUGGGUCGUGUUGUGGCAGGUCAUCUGUUUGACAUUGAAGCUGAUAAUAUUGGGAACUACGUGGUGAUGUCAAACUUAUAUGCAUCAGAAGCUAGAUGGGAUGGGGUCAUGGAGGUAAGGCAGCUUAUGAGGAUUAGAGACUUAAAAAAGCCAGCUGGAUGCAGUUGGAUAGAAGUGGAGAGGAGGACAAACCGUUUUAUAGCUGGAGACUUGUCCCAUCCACAGAGAAGUAUUAUUUACAGUACAUUGAGUAUACUGGACCAACAAACUAAGGAGCCAGUGUAAUUACUGGACCAACAAAUUAAGGAGCCAGUGUAAUUAAGAUCUGACACGUUGAACGCUUAAAAUGUUUUUGAUUCUAACAUCGUGUUUGCUUUGCUGACUGCCCACUUAAUUUUGAUAAAACAACAAAGAAAGCAACCAAAAUGUUUCCACAUUCCUUUGAUACUACUUGACUUUCUAACAUUACGCUAUGUCAAGACAGCAAGUAAUUUUCAUUAUUGCAUUUCAUUAUAAGUAAUUUUGGUAAUUAUACUGCUCAAUGUCUUCAUAUUCCACGUACAAUAUAAUGCAUGGAAAAGCUAUUUAUUUAUAUCUUUGAAACCUAAACCCCCAUUUUAUGCAAAACUAGAGUACAUAAGUUUACGACAUAUUGACUGCAAUUGCCCCGUGCUUGAGUAGUUAGGUGUUUGAUAUUUUCAUUGAUAUCAGAAGGCAAAAGGCUGCAAUGGUUCCCUGCGUCUGGAAGCUGGGAACGACACUGUGAACCGUAUGUCUUCUGUCUACA